GUGUGCAGGGAGAGGCACAGACGGCUCGUGGUAAUUUGAUGUGUGUCCCUGGGGAUGUUUGAUGGAUUAAUGCUAAGCAGCUCGCUCUUCCAAAGAACCACCUGAUCUUUGGGGCUCGUGCCCCACAUAUAAAAGGCUGUAGUAGUGCUGAGCUCAGCUAGUCCAGCCAUCUCUCCCUCUCUGUCUCUCUCUCUCUCUCUCUCUCUUUCUCUCUCUGUCUCUAUCUCUACCUCUGUCUCCCUCAUGUCACUUUCUGUCUCCACCCUCCCUGUCCUCUGAUUUCUCUCUCUCAGCUUUCACUACAUUUUCUUUUUCUCUUUCCCUCUGGCUUCGUUUCCCGGACAGUCUUUUUGAGCUUCUCUCUUUUUUCUUCUUCUUCUUCUUUCUUUCUUCCAAUCAUACGGUGUUUGGCCUGUUCUGCCUGGAAGCUCUUUUUUUUUUUCCUUUUUAAAUCCUCUGUCUGCUCAUAUUUUCUAUGAGGUUUGAGCAUCAGAUUUCCAUCAAGCGAACAAGAACAAGAACAAGAACAACGACAACAACAACAAAAGAAAUAUAAAAAAUGCCACGCUCCUUUUUGGUGAAGCAGCCGAAGGUUCACGAUGUCUCAUCUUCCAGCUACUACCAUCAGCACCAGCAUCAGUGGGACAGCUCCUACACUGUGACACAUGCCAUCACUGAGUCAGCCGCCAACUUGGCGGUGUGUUUGAGUGAAAAUGGCUACAUCCAUGAUUACAUCAUCCCCUCAGUGUUGCAGAGCACAAAGGAACCAUGUCGAGAGCAGACCGGGCUCUCCACGGGGGCCCUCUACUCCCCGGGUGGCAGCAGUGGGGAAGAGUUCUCUGACCAUGACAUGGAGCAUCCAGACAGCCCUGUCUCCACCUCUACAGUCGAGUCAGAUGGCAGCGGCCCAGAGCUGGAGGUGUGCGCCAUUAAUGAUUUCCUCAUCUCUGACGGACGCUCCCGCCGGAGACCGAGCCAACGGUGCCCACGCAAGGGAGGCAGCCGGUCAGGCCGCAGCAAGGACGCUGACUCAGCAGACUGCAGCCCUGUCAAAGGGAAAACCAAAGGCCGCUACAUGUGCUGUGAGUGUGGCAAGUCUUACGCCACGUCCUCCAAUCUAAGCAGACACAAGCAGACUCACCGCAGCCUGGACAGUCAACAGGCCAGGAAGUGUCCCACCUGCCACAAGGUGUACGUGUCCAUGCCGGCACUUGCCAUGCACAUGCUGACCCACGACCUGAAGCAUGAGUGCACGGUGUGUGGCAAAGCCUUCAGUCGACCCUGGCUCCUGCAGGGCCACAUGAGGUCCCACACUGGGGAGAAACCCUUUGCCUGUGCCCACUGUGGCAAAGCCUUUGCCGACCGCUCCAACCUGCGCGCUCACAUGCAGACGCACUCGGCUUUUAAGCACUACUCCUGCAAGCGCUGCCACAAAGGCUUUGCACUCAAGUCCUACCUGAACAAGCACUACGAGUCCGCCUGCUUCAAAGGGCACCAAGUGGAGGACGAUGGCAGCUCUGAGGACUGAUUUGAAUUAUUUCUAUUAUUUUAUUUUUUACGAGCUCUGACACAAUCAGAGAAAAGGUUGCAGCCUCUCAGGCUUUUCACAUGCAUGCAUCCUAAUCCCGCCUUUUGAUAUAAGCAGUAACCUCAUUUUAAAACGAUUCAGGUACUAUGUAUGGAAUUGAUGAGGAUCUCAGUGUUGAUCAGAAAUGUAACCUAUUUUAUAUUUAAGUUUUUUUUUAAUAUGAAUUACAAUGCAAUAAUUUACACGUCAGUAUUACUUUUUUAUGCCAAGUAGCUCUUAUUUUGCCUACUACAUUUUUUUUAUUUGUCAAAUAAUGUAUUUGUAUAUUUAUUAAUUUAUUUAAUUAUUUAUCUACCAAUAUUUAAGACGAUUUAUUUAUCAUUGGUUGAUGUAUUUCUGAAUUGAAUGGGGACUUAUUAUGCGCCGCGAAUUGGAUUUGUUGAGAACAAAAGCCAAAAGAAAUUCUGACUCUAUUAUUUCUCUGUCUGAUCAAUUUGGUGAUGACAAUAAAAUGUAUGAAAAAUGAUUGACAGCCAUACGUCCCCCCUUUUACUAAUGUGAAUGUGAAUACAUGCAAGCAAGAUGAUAUCAGUUGGUGUUCAAUCAGUUCCAAAAAGGAACAAUUCACGGAAACUAUUUCACCGCAUACAUUCAAACUGUCUUUUUAUGGAACAUUGUUCCAUAUUAAUUUAAAAUCUAAUAACAGCCACAUUAACUCAACAUACAGAGGUAGUUUCCUCAUGUGGUCCAGCAGAGGGCAUCCUUAAAAUUCAUUAUCAGAUUGUCCUUUUGAAUGCUUUGCUGCUGAUCUGGCACUAAGCCGAUGAGACAAGAUGGAGUUUAGACUUUGAGGAGUAGCAUUCAUUAGAUAUAAAUGAAGCGGCAGAUAUAUGGAAACAUAGCUACAGGGCAGGCAAAGUGCAGGCAACUUUGACUUUUACAUACAUUUGCGUCCUCACGUACAGCCCCCUCCAGACAAUUUCAUGAACAUGUGUGGACUUCAGUGGAUGCCUAAAAGUAGAUAAGAGAUAAAGCUAUACACACAACAACAAAUUCGUAGAACCCGCUCAAGUUUUUUUUAUCCACACAGAACCAUCGAUUUGGGGGCUCUGAAACACUAUUUUUGGAAAACCGUUCUCAAAAUGCCAUGCUUGCAUUUUUGUUUAUUCACAUUAGUUUGGGAAAAUGAUGAUGAUGUCAUAGCCCAACCUCUCUCUUGCACUUUUGUCGCUACCUUUGUCAGCGGCAUCUUCCUCUUCUUGUGUUUGCCGUUUGUUUGGGCUAUUCUCUUUUAUUCCCCCCCCCCCCGGCAUGGUUAAUUAUGACUCUGUUUCUGCGAUUGUAUACAUUGUAAUGUAUACUUAUUCAAAUAAAGCUUUAUUUUAAAGACAAA